CCCUCGGAUAUCGAAUUUAAAUCCCAUCGGAUAUCGAAUUUAGGCCGGCCCGGGACUCCCCGCCAUCCCCCCGCCGCCUCCAGCCCUUUGAGGAGCUGCCUCCCCCGUGAGAGGAGCGCCCUUGCAGAGGAACGAGCUGCAGGUUUUACAGGUUUUUAUUUAAACAUUCUUCCCAGCGUGACCUCUCAGCAAACAUCUCGUGCUUUUCGUGAGGCAGCCAUGGCGAGCAACUCGCAAGAAGCAGACCAAAAUAGAAAUAAAAGCAAAAAGAUGGAGAAUGAAGCUUCAGAAAAUCCUCCGUUGUCUGACAAAACAGAUUUGGCUCCUUCUGAGGACUCGCAGUCCCUUUUCAAGACUGAACCACUGGAAAAGGUUUUAAAUGAGAUCAGCAAAGAAAUUAAUAACUUGCUGUCAAAAUAUGCUGACACUAUAAGUGCAAGAAUAGCGUUGGAUUCUUCUUAUGUCCAGGAACUUGAUGAGAUCCUAAAAGAAGCCAGGGCCAUAGAAAAGCAUUUGAAGCAGAAAAGGGAGAAGCUGAAACAGAGAUUCGCUGUCAUCGCCAAUAGUCUGCAAAGCUAAAUGGAGUUUGUUAUGAAAACGUAGAGCCAAAGUUUUGUUCGUGUAUGAAAACAAAUCGGGAUGAGUGUUGUGAUGUCUGUUUCUUGUCUAAAUAUUUCUGUCAGUUCAGGAAACUUCCAACAAGUUAAGCAGCUACUUAGUGUUUAAAUACAUAGUGUAGUGGUAGUUAAUAAAACCAAUUCUGAAUACCUGUUUUAAAUCCUGUGACUCAAGGGAUUAAGACAUUAAGCUAUGUUAACCCAUUAAACACAGCAAAAAACCCAUUUCUAUGAAAUAUAGAAAUUUAUGAUGUAAGUGGAAAAUGACCUCAGAUUAUUUAAUGUUAACCAUUUUCUGGUUAUGAGUUGUUUUUUUCCAAAUGAGUUGUAAUACUGAGAAUAUGUGUUAUAUUUCAAGGCCAUGUAGUUAUAAAACACAAUCAAAGCCUUGCUGUUGAUGUCAAUAAGUAAAUAGAAAACGUUAACACGAUCUAGAAUUACAGUGUUAUUUUGUUUAGCUUCGUGGAUGUUGUUUGUUCAUAUUCAGUCCUUCUGAGAACACUGAGCCCUUUUUAUUUCUUGUCAUUCUACUCUUGUUAAAAAAAAAAAAAAAGAUGAAAGAUGGAAUGUACAAAGGACCACUUGUACUAAGUAUGGGGCUCAUGUAAUAAAGAGAAGUGCUGAAACAAGAUAUAUUUCCAUCUCUGCCCCAGCAGUGUGCAGUGAUUUCCUCUCUAAAUCCUCUCAGACCUAAUCCACCCUCCUUUCCCCCUUUCCUGAGCUCCCAGCCAAACGUGCUGCGUGUCACAGUGACACGAUUUACAGCAAAGAAUCAGAGGAACUGCACAUGGAGGGUGAGAUUUAGAUCCCUAAAGAUGCAAGAUAUGUCCUUAGCAGGAUUUUCAGAGUGCCUAAGCAUGGUGUAAGCGCCUUACCCGCUUAGGAAUUUUGGAAAAUCCCAUAAGGUGCCUAUCUGCAUCUUUAGCAUCUCAAGGCUUUCCAAAGUCUCACCACUGCUCUGCUGUCAUAUUUAGCAGUCUCCUGUUUUUUCCCUGAUACUCUCAGGCUGCUCUGUUUAUACAGAGAAGAUUUAGGAAGUGACAUUUCUUAAAAUAUUGUGCUGGGUGUUUCUGAAACCCUGGCUCGUCUGCAGUGAUGACACAACCUGGAGUUUCCCAAUGACGCCUGCCAAGGGCCUGAACACAGACAUUUACCCACAGUUAUUUAUGAGUUAUAAGGAAAACUUACACAAAUCUAAUUACUGAGGAGCAUCUGCCUGUUACUGCAUUUGAGCUGUUUGCUCUUGGGGAAAUGGUGCGACCUCUUUAGAGCAUUUGGGUUUGGAUUAUCUCCAUUAGUUUAUGUGGCCAAUAUAUCCAACUACCAUUAAGCUCCAGAAGUUAAUUUUGGGAUACAAUAAUUUUAUAAUAUUUUUCCCAUGGGAAAUCAAUUGCUCCUGUUGCAGAAGUUUGCUCUAUUUAAAAACUUCAUAAAAUCCAACAAAAAUGAGUAAAGUCCCACUUUUAAAACAAUGAAGGACUGCUUAUUGCAGUUCAAUCCAAGAUGACUCUAGGUUUUUUACAGUGAUUUCUUACAGAGUUGAUUGUCAUUCCAAUGAAUAACCUUUAAUAGAGUGGAUUUCUGGGAUAAUAAGAGGAAUUUAGAAUUUGAGGAGUAAAGUCAGUGAGUAUGGCCAUAGUAACCUAGGUGAGCUUAUUAUUUGGCAUGAAAUUUUUAAAAUUACUAAGAGCAACAAAGCUUCUGGUUUUGCUGCAUGAAUAUAGGUGAGGAUACAUACAUAUAUGUAUAUAGGUAUAUAAAAUAAAAUGAAUUCAACAUCUAUUUUAUAGAGUUUAGGCUUGAAAUGGUGAGUUCAGAAAGUUUAAAACACCCAUUGAAAAUGUCAGCCUCUCCUCUUGUGAAGAUAAAUAAUAUUUCAGUAAUGGAAAUACUUCCUACAUUGGAAAUUGAAAUUGAAAAUGAAAAUGGAAAUCAAUCUUACAUUUAUUUCUCCCUGUUUAAAGAGAACUUUCCAUAAUUAUUGUGCUGAUCACAAAUACUGAGCACUUUUCUGCUGGCUGCUCUUUAGUGUUCCACUAAGUAUCUUAAUAUAUGAACACAGUCAUUGCACACUAUAAUCCUUCUAAGCCAUUAAAAAUAAAAAUUUAUCACUUUCUUAUUUGACUAAAACUCAUCCACUCUGCUGAUUGCCCCCCUUAUGGAUUUCAGUGUUUAUUGGGAGAAACAAAGGAACUUUUCUGUUCAGGUCUGGCACUAAGGGCUCCUUCCUGCUCUCCCUGAGGAGUGAGCUCCUUGUGAAACCCACCUGGCAUCCAUCCCAUCCCUGUCUGCUGUCCAAUUUUACUGCAGGAGGUUUGGACAGAAAAUUAAUUGGCUUUAAAGCUGCUAAACCUGAUCAGCAAAGCUCAGCUGGUAACUGCGUUUUCUUUAAAGCUUCUCCCCUCCUUGUUUAAGCUCCAGCCUAUAAAUUAACAAGAACGUCUAAGAUGACAGAUCAGUAACAGAAUAUAAAUGGAUUUUUUUUUUUUAAUCAUGAAGAAUUUUAGACGAAGUUCUGACACUUCUUGGAGUCAAGGGGAUCUUGACACUGAGCCUUUGCAUUUCUGAGCUUGCUGUGAAUUUCUUCACAGGCUGGAAAGUGUAAGUGAUGAAAAACUCAGUUUCUCUCAUUGCUCUUCUAUUGUCUAAAAGCUAAAAAUGGGAAAUAACAGAUAAUGCAGAGAGUUUAGAUAAUCAGUGAUGAGAAUUCUUUCCUGAGAAAAGGCUAAUCUUGAUUGUUUACUUAAAAUGAGAUCACCUUUUAGAAUAGAAAAAAAUAGAAUAGAAAAAAAAUAGAA